AUGAUGAUGAACUCCUUGCUAUUUAUUGUUAUUCUCUCUGCACGGCUAACAUCCUCUUCACAUCACUUGGUGUUCUAUAGGUCUUUUAACACGAGUUUGUACAUAAACACGGAGUUCUUCGCCAGGAGCUACAAGGGGGCUGAGAAAUUCUGUGCCGAUAAUAAUAGUACCAUUCUGAGGAUUUUAAACCCGAAGCAGAACGAUCAUGCACGUGAAUUUAUUGAUAUUUUCAGGAGGAGGAACCAGUAUAGUGUGAGGUUUCUCACGAGGUUGAAGAAGGUGGAUUAUGAGUACGGGCAUUUGAAGGCCAUUCAUCCGAAAAAAGACGUGAAGAACUUCUACCUACCUGAAGAAAAAACCCCUUCUAAAAGGUAUUCAAGGUUUCUCUCUAUGAGGCAUGAUGGGACGCUGAGAACCCUGAGUAACAGGGAAAAAAUUUUCUUUAUUUGCUCAAAGCCUGGAAAGUGCAACAAAAGCAGCUACAAAAGCGGCGACGCCUGCUUCCAGAAAGUGAAGCUGAAGAAGACUUGGUACGAAGCCAGGGCCUAUUGCAUCCUAAACGGUGGUGAUUUGUUCGUUUUUGACGAGAACUUCAAAGUCAGCAUGCUGAUCGAAGGUUCUCUGCCGGGAGAGCAUUACUGGUUGGGCUAUAGCAAAUUCAGGUGGUACUACGAUGAAGAACCAGAGCUCUUCGCCAGAUACACUCCUUGGGACAUGGAAGAUAUAUCCAGCUAUGGUAGCGGCUUCACCUGCUCCAAUAUUGGUAUCGAAGGAGGCUUUCACUGGUCGCCAACUCUCUGCAAUAGUCUCAUAUCUGUUAUUUGCAUGGAGAUUAUUGCCAAUAUUAUUUUAGAGUAA